UGUUAAUGCGCUGGAGAUCUGCUAUUGAAAUUAAAGCAGGUCAAAACAAGAGCCGUCUGGUGCCAAUACACAACAUUUUAUAAAGGGGAGUACAGAACCAAACCGCACACCACGACUCCAGAGUGAACGUCAUAGAGUCUCCAAAAUUUUAAUCCCGCGGAUGCAGCUAGGAGAGGGAAUUUUACCCAGCGCUACCAUCAACUUGCCCAAGACCUUUUACCACCUUUCUCCCUCAGAAAGCAAUCACAGCCCUGGAUCAACGGCGUUAGAAUUUCAGGAGGUCGAUCGGACGGAAUCUGAGUCAGGGAACGGGCCCAAAAAGUACUUGAGUGGUGGGGGAAACGCCAUGCUCGGAGAGGGAGAGAGCGAGACCUUUUCUGGAACUAAAGCCGCUCCCGAUGAACGAAAAAGUUCGCCUGUUGUCGAAGACGACCUGACCAGUGGCAGUCGGUACAACAUAGAUGGACUUGGUUCUGAUAGAUAUUUUCUGUCGUCCUCAUCUCAGCAGACAAACGAUGUGGCGAACCCAUGUUCCCUUUUUCCUUACGCAGGCCAGACGGGGACAGUUUAUGCAGGGUCCAACGGAUCCAGGUAUUCAGCAUCGCUUCACUAUGGAUCUGUCCUGCCACCCACUGGGUUUUCGUCUGCCGUUUGCGCUGGGCGCAGCCAGUUUGGUACAGGUUAUCAAUUUGGGCAAGGACCGGGGUGUCUCUACCCCUCGUACCCGAGCACGGGGACAGGAAUCGGCUCUAUGAAUAACCCAGGAACAGGGACUGGGGUGAGAGCUCAAGUCUACCUCUGCAACCGGCCCCUGUGGCUCAAAUUUCACCGACAUCAGACGGAGAUGAUUAUUACUAAACAGGGCAGGCGUAUGUUCCCGUUUCUUAGUUUUAAUAUCACAGGUUUGAGCUUUACAACCCAUUACAAUGUGUUUGUGGAAGUUGUGCUGGCCGAUCCGAACCAUUGGCGAUUUCAAGGAGGGAAAUGGGUUACCUGCGGAAAAGCGGAUAAUAAUAUGCAAGGCAACAAAAUGUACGUCCACCCAGAAUCUCCAAACACGGGUGCUCACUGGAUGAGGCAGGAGAUUUCCUUUGGCAAACUGAAACUGACCAACAAUAAAGGUGCCAAUAACAACAGUACACAGAUGAUUGUCCUCCAGUCUCUGCACAAAUAUCAGCCACGGUUGCACAUUGUUGAGGUCUCUGAGGACGGGGUGGAAGACGUGAACAGCGAAUCAAAGACUCAGACCUUCACCUUCCCCGAAAACCAGUUCAUUGCGGUCACCGCUUACCAGAACACAGACAUCACGCAGCUGAAAAUUGAUCAUAAUCCUUUUGCUAAAGGCUUCCGGGACAACUAUGAUUCAAUGUACACCGCCCCGGAGAGCGACAGACUGACCCCGUCCCCCACCGACUCUCCACGCUCGCACCAGAUUGUGCCGGGAGCCCGCUACGCCAUGCAGCCUUUCUUCCAGGACCAGUUUGUCAACAACCUGCCUCAGAACCGCUUCUACAACGGCGAGCGCGCCGUGCCGCAGACCAACGGCAUCCUGUCCCCGCAGGCGGAGGACGCCAGCGCGGCCGCCACGCAGCGCUGGUUCGUGACGCCCAUGCAGCAGGCGGGCUCCAACAAGCUGGACCUGGGCUCCUACGAGGGGGACUACUCCAGCGGCCUGCUGCCGUACGGCAUCAAGUCCCUGCCCCUGCAGACCUCCCACGCCCUCGGCUAUUACCCCGACUCCGCCUUCGCCUCCAUGGCGGCAGGCUGGGGGUCCAGAGGCACUUACCAGCGGAAGAUGACCACAGGCCUGCCCUGGUCCCCGAGGCCCAGUCCCACAGGCUUCGCCGAAGAUCACCUCUCCAGCAAGGACAAGAUCCGGGAAGACGGGAGCAGCAGCGCCGCCUCAUCCACCUGGAUCGAGACCUCCCCUUCCCUGAAAUCUUUGGACUCGACCGACUCCGGUGUAUAUUCUAUGGUCUGCAAGAGGAGGCGCGUGUCUCCCGGCAACUCCAGUACAGAGAACUCUCCCACCAUUAAAUGUGAGGACUUGACUACUGAAGAGUACAGCAAAGAGCCCUCCAAAAGUAUGGGUUAUUAUGCCUUCUACACAAGCCCAUAGAGUAUUUUAUUUUAUUUUUUUAAAUGUUGAUGGCAUCCCCUUUUUUGUAUUCCUAUUGGAGUGCCACUCCCAUUGCCUUCACCCUGCCCCGCCCCAGCUCCUCCAUACCCCCUCAAUUUCAGCAAUGUGCUACCGUGUAACUUCUGAAGGUGCCAAAGCUUUCGAUGCUCCAAGCAAUUUGUGCUGAUAUUUGCCCCUCGAUGUGACCGAUGUUAUAUUUUUUUGAUAAGCAUGUCCCUCCCCUUCACUUUAUUUUAUACAAAUGUGAUUUUUAUUUAUUGAAGGAUCUUUUGCUGUACAGUAUUUGUGCACUGUAGAAUGUGUUGUCAACAUGGCAGUGUUAUAAGAAUGAGUAAUAAAACCCAUGCUUUUCAGA